AUGAAAUAUAAAAUAGCAAUUUUCAAUGCUGAUUUACCAAUGGCUUCCGUGACGCAGAAAUAUGGCGAUUAUGCGCACAUGUUUGAGAACAUGUUUACCAGAGCUGCAGCUACUUACAAUUCCUCCUUAGAGUUUAUUUUCAAUACCUAUUAUGUUUACAAGGAAGACGUCUAUCCUAGCGAAGAGCAGCUUGGUGAUCUUGAUGCUAUAGUUAUCACUGGCUCAAAAUUUUACGCCGGUGAUGAUGUUCCUUGGAUAAACAAGCUUACCGAAGUUGUGAAAAAAAUCAUCAACAACUAUAACAAAAUUAAAGUGUUAGGGGUUUGUUUUGGCCAUCAGAUUAUAGGAAGAGCGUUUGGCUCGUCUAUCAUCGCCAAUCCAAACGGAUGGGAAAUUGCACCUUACGAACUCCAGCUAACGGAAACUGGUAAAAGAGUUUUUGCUAAGGAUUCUGUAACUAUCCAUCAGAUGCACCAAGACAUUGUCAGAGAAAUUCCCAAUGGUUUUGAGUUAUUAGCCAGUACCAAAACUUGUUCAAAUCAAGCCUUUUUAAAAGGACAGCAAGUUCUUUCUUUUCAAGGGCAUCCCGAAUUCAGCAAAGAUGUUGUUCAAGCAAUGGCGAGCACUCGAUUUGACAACGGCCUAUUUACCAAAGAACAGUUUAGUGAUGCAGAAAACCGUUUACAAAAGGAUACAGAUACCUCGCUCUUUGAACAAAUAAUCAUAAAAUUUGUGAUGGGAAAUUUGAUUACCUAG